AGCCGUAAGGUCUUGAAUUCGGAUUCCUACAAGGCCGAGUUAUCUAUCAACAGGGUAAGCCUCGUAAAAGACGAUGCAGAAGGAUCGAAACGAUCUUGGAGCAGUUGUUGUUCAACAUGAACUAACAUUUUGUAUUGUUGGUUCAAAGAUUAAGAGAUUUUUCAGUAUUUAUUCAAUUCAUUAACACAGUGAAUUGAUUAAAUGUCUCUUAACUCUGGUUAAGCGAUAUGCGUUUUCACUUUUAAGUUGUACUAUUCGUAAAGGAUACAUUGUUCGAUUUGAUGUAAACACCAGGGUACGAGCAAAUAUUUUUUUCGGAUAGGCGGACUAAAUGUACUUUAGAUUUCUACUUGAAAGUUUAUAGCAUGUCUGAAUCAUGCAUUUAUGUGCAA